UCGUCGCGAGCUUUAUAAUAGGCAGCGAGAGGGCGGUGUAAGUGCAGAUUUUAGACCGGUUUCUCGCCGAUACUGAGGAGGAGGACGCUGGGGUAGAGAACUCCACAUAUCUGCUCGACAAAGCAGAACAACGGAUUGUCACGUUAACCCACCAAGACAACGAAUUGAGGCACUAAGCGGCAGGAACUUCAGAGAACGGACGAAGGGACAUUCGGUGUAACUUGGAGCUGUCAUUAGCGGCGAAGCAGCUCGAGGGAGGACUUCCAACCCGAGGGGAACCCCGAGCGGCCCGGUUCCACAUCAGCGACUGAAGCCGGGGGAGCAGGGGAGCCGCGCAGCCGGGGAGCAGGGGGACGUCCAGCGGAUCUACACACACGAGUUCUGACCUGCGGAAAGGAGAAGUGACAACUGGGUGCCGGGUCAUCCGGACUGAGACCUCAUGAAUGGAAAUCGGAACAACAGCAGCAGCUGAACCCCCAGCCCUCUUUGCAUUGCCACGCAGACCCGGCUAUGGCACCAUCGGGAAGCCCAUCAAGCUUCUGGCCAACUGCUUCCAGGUUGAAAUACCCAAGAUUGAUGUUUAUCUCUACGAGGUGGACAUCAAGCCGGACAGAUGUCCUCGCAGAGUCAACAGGGAAGUGGUGGACUCCAUGGUUCAGCAUUUCAAGGUGACCAUCUUUGGGGACGUUAUGCCAGUGUACGAUGGGAAGAGGAGCCUUUACACAGCUAACCCGCUGCCUGUGGCAACUGGUGGGGUGGAUCUGGAUGUCACCCUGCCAGGUGACGGUGGGAAGGACCGCCCGUUUAAAGUCUCCAUUAAGUUUGUGUCGUUAGUCAGCUGGCACAUGCUGCAUGAAGUCUUGACGGGGCGCGUUGUGGGCGAGCCGGUGGACCUGGACAAACCGAUCAGCACUAACCCGGUUCACGCCGUGGACGUCGUCCUGAGACACCUGCCCUCCAUGAAAUACACGCCAGUCGGAAGAUCCUUCUUCUCCUCCCCCGAGGGCUACGAUCAUCCGCUAGGUGGAGGGAGGGAAGUUUGGUUUGGCUUCCAUCAGUCAGUACGGCCUGCCAUGUGGAAAAUGAUGCUCAACAUUGAUGUGUCAGCCACAGCUUUUUACAAAGCCCAGCCGGUGAUCCAGUUCAUGUGUGAAGUCCUGGACAUUCACAACAUCGACGAGCAGCCCCGCCCUCUCACAGACUCCCACAGGGUCAAGUUCACCAAAGAGAUCAAAGGUCUGAAAGUGGAAGUGACGCACUGUGGAACCAUGCGUAGGAAAUACAGAGUCUGCAAUGUAACACGACGCCCUGCCAGCCUCCAGACAUUUCCUCUGCAGCUUGAGAAUGGUCAGACAGUGGAACGCACAGUGGCACAGUACUUCAGGGAGAAGUACAACCUGCAGCUCAAGUACCCCCACCUGCCCUGUCUGCAGGUGGGCCAGGAGCAGAAGCACACCUACCUGCCCCUGGAGGUGUGUAACAUUGUGCCCGGUCAGCGCUGCAUCAAAAAACUAACCGACAACCAGACAUCGACCAUGAUCAAAGCUACAGCUCGCUCCGCACCGGACAGACAGGAGGAGAUCAGCAGGCUGGUGAGGAGUGCAAACUACGAAGCGGACCCGUUCGUCCGGGAGUUUCAGUUCCGGGUUCGAGACGAGAUGGCCCAGGUGACGGGUCGAGUCCUGCCUGCACCCAUGCUGCAAUAUGGCGGCAGAGUGAACUCUGAACAAUUCAUGCCCCAGCAGAUCAACCCUGCACUGUCGUUGCAGAACCGCACGGUGGCCACGCCCAGCCACGGGGUGUGGGACAUGAGGGGGAAGCAGUUUCACACCGGAGUGGAGAUAAAGAUGUGGGCCAUCGCGUGCUUCGCCACCCAGAGGCAGUGCAGGGAGGAGAUCCUGAAGAGCUUCACUGACCAGCUGCGCAAAAUCUCGAAGGAUGCUGGGAUGCCAAUCCAGGGCCAGCCAUGUUUCUGUAAAUACGCCCAGGGAGCUGACAGCGUGGAGCCCAUGUUCAGACACCUGAAGAACACAUACGGCGGUCUUCAGCUCAUCAUCGUGAUCCUGCCCGGGAAAACGCCAGUCUAUGCUGAGGUGAAGCGUGUGGGUGACACCCUCCUCGGCAUGGCCACUCAGUGUGUGCAGGUGAAGAACGUUGUGAAGACGUCUCCUCAGACGCUCUCAAACCUCUGCCUCAAGAUCAACGUCAAACUGGGAGGAAUCAACAACAUCCUGGUUCCACACCAACGACCCUCAGUGUUCCAGCAGCCUGUCAUCUUCCUCGGGGCGGAUGUCACUCAUCCUCCAGCAGGAGAUGGGAAAAAGCCAUCUAUAGCAGCGGUGGUAGGCAGCAUGGACGCCCACCCCAGCAGGUACUGUGCUACAGUGCGGGUCCAGAGGCCCAGACAGGAGGUAAUCCAGGACUUGGCUUCGAUGGUGCGAGAACUCUUGAUCCAGUUCUACAAAUCAACUCGCUACAAGCCGACCAGGAUCAUCUUCUACAGAGACGGAGUGUCGGAGGGACAGUUCAGACAGGUGCUGUACUACGAGCUGCUGGCGAUCAGAGAAGCGUGCAUCAGCCUCGAGAAGGACUACCAGCCGGGGAUUACUUACAUUGUUGUGCAGAAACGCCAUCACACACGACUCUUCUGCGCAGAUCGCAAUGAGCGGGUUGGACGAAGUGGAAACAUUCCUGCCGGCACCACGGUGGACACGGACAUCACACAUCCCUACGAGUUCGACUUUUACCUCUGCAGUCACGCUGGAAUCCAGGGUACGAGCCGGCCCUCCCACUACCACGUUCUGUGGGACGACAACUGUUUCACCGGCGACGAGUUCCAGCUCCUCACCUACCAGCUGUGCCACACCUACGUCCGCUGCACCCGCUCCGUCUCCAUCCCAGCGCCGGCCUACUACGCCCACCUGGUGGCCUUCCGAGCACGCUAUCACCUGGUUGACAAAGAACACGACAGUGCGGAGGGAAGCCACGUCUCAGGCCAGAGUAACGGCAGGGACCCUCAGGCGUUAGCCAAGGCUGUUCAGGUCCACCACGACACACUGAGGACCAUGUACUUUGCCUGAACCCCCACCUCCCUCCAGUUCCCUCCAUCUACUCGGACAGUCUCAGUGUCUGACUUGCAUCAGCAGCCACCUUGUCUCACGCGGAGUCCCCCCCCCCCCCCCCCCCCCCCCCCUGGGCCGGUGCGGCUUCUGUCAUCGGAGCUUGACGACAGCUGCUGUGACUGUGUGAGGAUGUAAUAAGCCAGAGAGGAGCUACAGCCACGUUAUGCAAUAAGAAACCAGCCAAUCGUUUUGUGCUCCCAGCCUUUGUAUCUCUUACUCACCUUCAUCUCCUCUGCUGUAUCUGAAUCCAGUGGAUUAACCCUUUACAGCCUGUCACAUCCACCACUUCCAGUUUGGAAAACAGCUUUAAGUUUUAUUUUGCUGUCUUUACUUUUAAGUGUCUAAAAACAGCGGAGCAGCAGGGAAUCCAGAAACUGCAGUGAGGACCCAGUUCGCUCUGUAGCCUCACACUGAGCCUGAGGUUGGCGGUUUAUAUUGUAGACGGUUUUUACAUGUGUGUUUGAGGGUUUUCUGCUUGUUUAGACGCAACAGUGUGCACGUCAUUUCUCCGUCGAGCAAACGUGCGACGUCUUAGUCGCUCUCUCGCUGCCUUUGCAGUUACUCCUCUCUCUCCCUUUAAGCCAGUGGUUCUUCACAAGUGUGACUCGGCACGCUCCCCACUCAGACGCUGAAUGAUAUCUUCAUUUCAUUUCACACAAAGCCACGUACAGCCAUCGAUUGUGUGUCGCUUGAGGCCUUACUGCGAGGCGAGGUGCAUAAACAAGACUGUUUAGAAAACGCCACAAAGAAACGGACAGUUUUUAAACCUCUCUCUGUCUUGCAGCUCAGCUUGGUACAAAGUGGAAAACCAAACGUUUCUGUUUUACUUCUCUCGCCUUCUCUUUUCUUUUUUAACUUAAGUCAACAUUCAGCAAUAUAACAGAGCAGUUAGAGUCCCACAAUCUUUAAAUCCUAUGACUUCUUUUACUCGAAGAACCGACCAAUGUAGGCGUCAAGUGCAAUAAGGUGUGAGCGAGCGUGGUGAGAGGCGAGUGAUUUUCAACCAGUGUUGGCCUAGUAGAAUAGUUUGAUUUGUGGGUUCUGGCAAGUGAGGUGAACUUGGACGUUGGGAUGUUAAGUGUUCAUUCACAUUCUUGUGAAUAAGGAGGAUUGAUGCUGAACACAUGAGGGUGUUUGGAUCAGUCGUUAAACCGAGUUAAACAAAGUGCCUGAUUCGGUGGUUGGAGAUGAAAACGUCGGCGGGAUUGAAGGUGUUUAGUCGUAUGUUAGUUAAACAUUGCACGGCUGACCGUACAUGAUCUAAACGCGUGUGUGAAAAUUUCUAAUAUUUUAUCCUCUCAAUUAAGGAAAUAAUCACUUUCAUAUCCUUUAAACUCUUUGUUGCAAUCACAGUAUCAAAGAUCACAACACAGGAAACAGAACUAUUACUGACGGCUGCAACGGUUAACUCCAGUGCGACUGUCAUUGCUUUUAUUAAUCUGAGUAAUAUCCUCAUCAUGUGAAUAUCUGAGCUGUGGAUCAAACACUUUUAGGAACACCAAUUUUAAUUCUAAAUCAACAUUUAAUGGACUUUAUUCUCUCAGUAAUGAAAUACAGAGCGAGUUGAAGCCCUGCUUAUGUUGGUUAUGAAAUAUGACAAUUAUUCCCCCUUCAUCUGAAGUAAUCAGAUCACGAUGAUGGACGAAAACAAGCUGCUUUUAUUGAAUACUCCAGAAGAAUCCAAACGUUUUAGAAACACACAGACGUCAAAUUUGCACAAAGUCAGCAGUUUUUAACCCCUGAUAUUUAAAACAUGCAUCCCUGGAAUAAUCUGUUCAUCGUAUCUUUCUGUAGAUCAACUGCAGCUGGAGUUCAGAGACGGAUCGUCUUACUUCCUCAUUCAUCCCAUCACCUUAAACAUGCUCUGUUAGUAACCCAGCAUCCUGAAGCGUGUCAACAGCUUUUAAGCCUUUUAGUCUGAAAACCGUUGCCAGAUAACUUUCUACUGAUUGUCAUCGUCCUGCUCUUAAGGUGCUGUCUGUGAAGGCCUUGCAGUGCAGUCAAACAAAGACGAAGCCUUCAGGUUUCAUCACUUGGACCAAACCAACGUGCCUGGUCGGGGAGAGGGGUGGUGGUGGUGGAGGUGGUUGUGGAGGAUUGACGGCUCUCUGCUCUAACUCACAGCGUUGCGUUCUUGCGUUGGUCGCCAGAACCAAACUGAAGCUGCUACGAGACAACUCGUUUAUUUAUCAUCAGACACACACAGGCUUUCUACAUGAAUAUAAUGAGAGGAGGAAGAGGAGGAGGAGGAUACGGUAUUUUACUGCACUUAAGAAUACAGAUGCAUGUGUUUUUAUUGUUGUUUGCAGUCGCAGUUUGUGCUUGAUUAUUUCGCCUCUAGCUGAAGAGUUUUAAUUCAAAGAAAUCCGAACAGAUUGCCCCCCCCCAUGCGCGUGUUCGAUGUCACUUUGAAGCUGUUUCUUAAUGUCAGACAUUACCAGCAUUGAUUUUACUUGAAAGAGAAACUAGUCGAGGGCAUGUUUAAGUGUUGGCUCUGCUUGAAUUUUUGAGUCUUUAUAUAUUUGGAGCCUUAUUAACGAGAUUACGCUCACAAUGCCACGUACAGGAAAACCGACCUCUGGAGCCUGAACGCAGCAGGACUCUGUCUUAUCAGAUGCCUUUUUGUCUCAAAAGUGAAAGCAUUUUGAAGUCUGGGGGGUGAGAUAUAUUUAUAUGUAAAGAUAUUAAUGUAAUGCACACACCACUUAUUUUUUCUAACAAAGUCCUAUUUGAAGCAAAAGCGUGCUAGCUGUAGUGAAAAAUGGUGUCUAAUAAUGUCUGUGAGAUUUUUUUUUUUCUUCUUCAAAUUGAAUAAUGCAAUAGGUUUACUUACUUGUGUGUUUGCUGGUUGACCUGCUACUAAGUGGAGACUGUUAGGGGGUUUUGUUUUUAAUCAUGUAAGUGAUCACAUGAACCUUCAACCCUCCUCCGCACACACCUGUGAACUCCUCCCCCUCUUACUGUCGUUUUAUCAUCUCAGAAGCUCCUCCCAGGCUUUUAUUUUGAAGGGGGCUUUCAACGUUUCUCAACACGUGAGCUGCAAACUGCAUCAGAGCUAUUUUUAAAAUGUAACUUAGCAUAUUCAUGAGAGGAGGAGGGUUGAAAGUUCAUCCUCGGACCGAUUCGUCCGUUAACAGACUGUGCCUUUCCUGAUGGUGCUGAAAAAAAAACACGAGUAAAUCAAAGAAAUCUUAACUUUCAGAAAAGGCCGCAGAGGCCCAGAGUCUACAAUGAGAAGUAUAUAUUGAUACAUGACGAUACUGUAAGGUGUGAUAGUGUGUGUGUGUGUGUUUGUAUAUGUGUUUUCUGUGUGCGUGUGUGUGUGUGUGUGGAUAACUCUGACAUAUGCCAAGAAUACAAAAAUAUGCAGACCUGAUCAGUGUGGAGCUGACCGGACCAAAAGGCCUGUGGGGAUCGGUUUUAAAGGACGGGCACUCUCAGCACAACCCAAAAACAAGAACUCCUCAAAGUUAUGAAAAGAGGGAAAACAAGUAGCUCCGUGUAGACGUUAUGUAGCAUUAUUUAUUUAACCUUUUUUUUUCUAGAGGGGGAAUGGCGGCUCGUUUACUGACCGUGAACACUUUUUUUUCCCCCUCCGCUUGAUUCAUUCUUCAUCACUGAAUGGACGGCAAUAAUGACACAGGUGUGCGUGCAAUCAGUGUGCAAGUCACCGUCUCUGACCCACUUCUGAUUUUUUUUUACCUACCUGGGAUUAGCUCGUUCCUCUAUGAGUGCCCGUCUGCCACGUUAAGGGAUUCCCCACAUUACUAAAUCUAUACACCUCUGUGGUCAGCUGCAUAUCAUACUCAAAAACAAGACAAAUGAUGUUUGGGUUUCAGUAUAUUCAUGUGCUUUUAUUAUUAUUAUUAUUAUUUUUUUGCCUGAUUUAGUAAAUCGUGUCACUUUUAGAAGUAAAACUGUACGUCAAGACCUUUUUGUCUUAACACUCAUCUGAUCCUGGUCCUACGUUGAGCCUUUUUAUUUGGUUGUCAUAUUUAAUUUUUUGGAAUAAAUACUCUAUGUAUGAAACAUG